CUGUUUUUCCACCUGUCCCGGGAGCGGGUGUUUUCCGAGGAUCGCGCCCGUUUCUACGGCGCCGAGAUCGUGUCGGCCCUGGAAUAUUUGCAUUCCCGGGAUGUCGUUUACCGGGACAUCAAGCUGGAGAACCUGCUGCUGGACAAGGACGGGCACAUCAAGAUCACGGAUUUUGGGCUGUGCAAGGAGGGGGUGACGGACGGGGCCACCAUGAGAACCUUCUGCGGGACCCCCGAGUACCUGGCGCCGGAGGUACGGCGGGGAAUCCCGGAAUUCCAACCAUUCCCAACAUUCCCAGAAAAUCCCGGAGCUUCCGG